CUGUACUUUACGCCACCAAGGGAAAUUAUCCUUUCGACGCCACAUUUAUACUUUACGCCACCAAGGGAAAGGACAUGGCCACGAGCAACCCCGUCGAGCGACUUCCCGACCCGAACCUCAAGGUGACCUUCAGCCCGCAUCCGACGACGUCGCGCGGCAGUCCCACCGUGCUAGGCGUGCACCCCAAGGAACCCAAAAUCGUGUACUGCACCGGAAAACUCGUGGUCGUGCGUGACUUGGUGAACCCCGUCGAGUGCUUCCUGUACAAGGGCCACAACGACGCUACGACGGUUGCGAAAUUUUCCCCCAAUGGGUACUGGGUCGCGUCCGCCGAUAUCGCCGGCCGAGUCCGCGUUUGGUCGUACGAUAACCCCGAGCAUACCCUCAAAGUAGAAGUGCCCGUUUUCGCUGGCGAAGUGAAGGACUUGCAAUGGGACCCCGACAGCAAGCGCAUCGUUGCCGUGGGAGAUGGCCGCACCGUGUCGUCACGGGUGUUUAUGUGGGAUACUGGCAACAGCAUUGGUGAAAUCGUCGGCCACACGAAGCGCAUCAUGAGCGUGGACUACAAGCCGACUCGUCCGUUCCGCAUCUUGACGGCGUCAGAGGACUCGACCGUCCGUGCGUUCGAAGGCCCGCCAUUCAAGUUCAAGCACUCGAUUCCUGCGCACUCGAACUUUGCCAACUGCGUCCGCUAUUCGCCCGACGGCGUCCAUGCCGUGAGUGUCGGCUCCGACAAGGGCAUGGUGCUAUACGACGCCAAGACGAGCGAAAAGCUCGCGUCGUUCCCCGUCGAGCACACCGUGUCCAUCUACUCGGUGGCGUGGAGUCCCGACAGCAAGCAACUCUUGACCGCGUCCGGCGACAAGACGGUCAAGCUGUGGGACGUGGCGUCCUUGUCGGUGGUGACCACGUUCACGUUUGGCUCCGGUGCGAUCGAAGACAUGCAAGUGUCGGUCGUAUGGGUUGGCGACUUUCUCGUGUCCUUGUCGCUCUCUGGCGACCUCAACUACCUCGACUUGUCCCACCCGGACAAGCCACUUCGAGUGGUGCAAGGCCAUCAAGUGAGCCUCCAAGCGCUCGCUGUAGACACGGACACGGGCGCGCUCGUCACGGGAAGCUACGACGGCGCCGUCGUGUCGUGGCACGCGUCCAUCGGGCGUCGGUUCACGGGCGCCGCCCACACGGCCAAGGUCACGUCCAUCGACGUACAUCGCGGCAUCGUGGCCAGCGGCGGAUGGGACGACGUCGUGCGCUUUGGGUCGCUCGUUGACGCUUCGUACUCUGGCAGCGUCGGCCUCAACGGCGCCCAGCCGUCGGACGUGGCGCUCGCGACGCACGCGCCGUCCGGCACCGUGUUGUGUGUGGUGGCGACCAACAAAGGCGUCAAGUUGCUCGUGAACGGCGCGCUCGCGUUCGAAACGUCCGCCACGGCCGCAUGGACCCCCACGAGCGUGGCGAUUACGUCGUCUGGGGAACAAGUGGCGGUGGGCGGUGACGAAGACCGUCGUGUGCAUUUGUUUGACGUGGUGGGGAAUGGAGACGAGUGGUCGUUGGUGGAGCGAGACGGCGCCGCGUUUGCGCACAACGGGUCGGUCACCAGUCUCGAAUAUUCGCCGGAUGGGACCCUGCUGGCGGCGGGCGAUGCCGCGCGGGAGGUGCGCGUAUGGGACGUAGCCCAAGGCAUCCCCCGCGUAGGGGGCCAGUGGGUCCACCACACUACGCGCGUGACGAGCGUCGCGUGGAACCCCAGCGGCACCCACGUGGCGUCGGGCGCGUCGGACGAGCACAUUUUCGUGUGGAACGUGCAGCAACCGUCCAACCGCCACAAGUUUGAAAACGCCCACCGCGACGGCGUCAUGGCCGUCAAGUUUGUCGCCGACGACCAGCUCGUGUCGGUUGGAAACGAUGCCGCCGUGCAUACGUGGCAAGUGCCCUCGGUGUAGAGAUAGAUGUACACGUUCGUCCUGACGAGUGUACACUAGUCGAGAUUGAUUGCCCGAAGAAGAAUCAAAACAUUGCUUUUCUUAGUGUUGAUUGAG